AGCACCGGAUGUAAACAAAUGCUCAGCAACAGCACAUGAGAAGUGAAAUUCCAUGGAAUAUGGACGCUGUUUGUCCUUAAACUGCAAUGACAGCCCGCAGUAUUUUACUAGCCCGGCAGGUUUUGCCACUUGGACAUCAUUUACGGCGUGUCUUAACGUUACCUGUGAAGAUGCUGUUGCUGAGGUUUUGUUUGUUUGCUUGUUUGUAUCAGACCUUCUGCUCUUCGACGCGUGAUGAGGUUCACUUGGCAAAGGAGGCCAGCAGGAAAUACGGAAAACCUGAACCCACUAUAUUUUCUAAAAUAAUUGACAAAACCAUCCCUGCAGUUAUCAUUUAUGAGGAUGACAAAUGUCUAGCCUUCAGAGAUGUAAAUCCCCAGGCUCCUGUGCAUUUCCUGGUUAUUCCAAGGAUUCCCAUUCCCAGGAUCAGUGAAGCGCACGAUGAUGAUGCUUCGCUCUUGGGUCAUCUCUUGAUAGUGGCUAAAAACAUAGCAAAGAAAGAAGGACUGGAUGAAGGAUACAGAGUUGUCAUUAAUGAUGGAAAAAAUGGGGCGCAGUCCGUGUAUCACCUUCACAUUCAUGUUCUUGGAGGACGGCAAAUGAAAUGGCCUCCAGGAUAAAUGGACCACUGUCAGAAUAACAGUAAUGUUCUGCAUUUUUAGAGAUAAACAUAACUGAUAUACAGUACAAAAUGGAAAAAUUGUUGGAUAUUAUCAAAAGAAAUGUUUGUCAAAUAAUGAGAGAGUGGCAAAGUGUGAAACAAUUUUUACAUUAAAAGAAUUUUAAUGGUUUUCA